AUGAAGCAAAUUAGCGAUGUUGAGCUUGGUGAUAAGGCCAAAAGUUCGUCUCCAAGAAGUGGGGUGAAAAAAGGGCUGUCCAUAUUGGAUUUUGUUCUGAGGCUUAUUGCAAUUGUUGGUACUUUAGCAAGUGCAGUUGCCAUGGGAACAACCAACGAAACACUUCCUUUCUUUACCAGGUUCACCCGCUUUAGGGCCGAGUACGAUGACCUUCCAACAUUUACGUUCUUUGUGGUGGCCAAUGCGAUUGUGAGCGGCUAUCUGGUUCUAUCUCUUGUCCUUUCAUUCUUCCACAUUGUGAGGAGCAAUGCACAAAAUAGUAGAGUACUAUUGAUCAUAUUUGACGCGGCAAUGCUGGGUCUUCUAACGGCAGGAGCUUCAGCAUCAGCAGCCAUUGUAUACUUAGCACACAAUGGAAAUACUAAUACCAACUGGUUCGCCAUCUGCCGACAAUUUAACUCAUUCUGCGAGCGCAUCUCUGGUUCUUUGAUCGGAUCUUUUGUCGGAGUCGGUGUCUUUUUACUCCUAAUCUUGGUAUCGGGGCUGGCCCUCUCUCGACGUUGA